UGAAAAAUUUGAAAUUAUCUCGUUACACAGAGGGAAUUCUAAAGACAUUUAAGUGUGAAUUUUUUUUCAUUAAUUUUAAAUGAGAAUCCUUAAUAUUUAUUUCGCGUAAAAUUGGGUUUCAAUUACCCAAAGUGGAAAAAAAUCACUCAAAAAUAUUAUAACUAAAAUUUAGUAAUUUGAUUUCGAAAAUAUGCUGGCAUAUUACUACUGGCUUGCCGGCUUCCUCGUGCUAUUAGUCAUCAUUAGCGAAGUGCGACGUGCUUGGCGAUCACGAAAAUAUCCACGAGGGCCCUGGGGCAUGCCUAUACUUGGCUAUUUGCCCUUUCUCGAUAGACGUGAACCAUACAAAACAUUAGCGGAAUUAGCCAAGAGAUAUGGACCAGUCUAUUCGCUGCGGCUGGGCAAUGUGGAUGUAGUGGUGCUGGCCGAUGCGGCGUCGGUGCGAGAAUUUCUGAAAUGUGAAGAAUUCACAGCGCGUGCACCGCUCUAUGUAACGCACGGCAUAAUGGGUGGAUUCGGCCUCAUUUGUUCGGAAGGUGCGCUUUGGCGCAAUCAACGCAAGCACAUCAUCGACUGGCUGAAAGACUUGGGCAUGAAGAAAAAGCAAUGCAAUGCGCGUAAAUCAAUGGAGCAGAGGAUAAAAAGUGGCGUUAUAGAAUGUAUGAAGACCUUUAGAGAAGAUUCCAAGAAAAAGACUGCCUUCAAUCCACACCAUGCCCUGCAGCAUACACUUGGGAAUAUCAUCAACGAACUGGUGUUUGGCGUGAAAUACGCACGCGAUGACGUCACUUGGAAAUAUUUGCAGCAGCUGCAGGAAAAGGGUCUGAAAUUGAUUGGUGUCUCAGGUGCUGUGAACUUUUUGCCAUGGCUGAGAUUCUUGCCUUGGAACUUUCGCUCUAUACGUUUUCUUCUCGAGGGCAAAGCGCGUACACAUGAGAUUUACACAAAGCUGAUUGAGAAACGUGAAAAAUAUUGGGAGUAUCGUAAAACAAUAGAGGAGGGUAAUUUCAAUAUAUUAGAUCACUUUGUAGAUGAGCGCAUGCGUCGCGAGCUCUCCGAUGAAGCACAAGAACGUCUCUCCACCGAUAUAUAUUACACACGAGAGCAAUUGUUACAUCUAUUAGCAGAUAUGUUCGGCGCUGGAUUGGAUACAACGUUGGCGACAAUGCGUUGGUUUUUGCUCUACAUGUGUAAAUAUCAGGAGGUGCAGGAGCGUCUCAAGAGUGAACUUGAGACAAUACCAGAUGCUGAAUUUGAUUUGGAACACCUCGAACAGUGUCACUUCUUACGCGCUUGCAUCUCGGAAGUUCAACGUAUACGCUCUGUAGUGCCUUUAGGCAUACCCCACGGAGCUGUUGAGGACUUCAAAAUACAAGGUCAUUUGAUACCGAAAAAUUGCAUGAUACUACCUCUGCAAUGGUCUGCGCAUAUGAUGCGUGAAAAGUGGAUAGAACCGGAAUAUUAUUGGCCCGAUAGGUUUUUGGAUCCAAGUGAAAAAUAUUGUCAGCCUGCGGACUUCAUUCCAUUCCAAACAGGCAAACGCAUGUGUCCGGGCGAAGAACUUGCACGUAUGAUGCUCCUACUCUACGCCGGUUACAUAAUACGCAACUUCCACAUUCGAUUAUCGUCCACGUACGAGUAUAUGAGUAUGCGUGGUGAAAACGGUAUAACAUUAGUGCCAUCAUAUUAUGAAAUGGUAGCACAACCCAGACGCAAUAUGAAGGAUCUGGUGAAGGAUCAUGAUGUGGACAUGUAUAAGGCGGUGGCGAUGAAAAAGGAUAUCAAAUCAAACACAAUUUAAAUUAAAAUUUAAAAUUUUUUUUUUAAUGUAUUUUU